AACUCCUCCCAACAUUUCCGAUAGAACGCCACUUUUGAAGAGGAACAAGAAAGAUUUGACAGCAGUUACUGCCCUCCAUCCACAUUCUCCGGGAUAGUCACGGGAUUUCAAUGUUCAACCUGCUCUUUUGUUUCUGUGUUGAUUUGGGCCAUACAUAUAUGGCGUAUGUGAGUGUCAGUGGAGACUUCUGCCAGGCACAGCACCUCGCCUUCGUGGACAAGUGAAUCGUCCGCCCCCCUCGGGACUACGCUACCCAGAAGCCCCCCUGAAGCCAGCACACUGGGAAUCCCUGUCUCCUCCAACGAUCCCCUGGGAUACCGCGUAGUCCUUGGCCAGAUCGCCCAGCUCUGUCCCCUGAGCCGCCAAUAAGAAAACUGCACAGUUCUCUUCUACUUCCUGCUUUCUCUCCCAGAAGCCAAUCACAUACCGCUCUCCUGAAUGGGCCGUCUCGCCAACAUGAACCGCCCUGCAGCAGUGGAGAUUGCCUACGAGGGCAUGAGGUUCCUCAUCACACACAACCCCACCAACGCCACGCUCAACAAGUUCACCGAGGAGCUGAAGAAGUUUGAGGUGAACACACUGGUGAGAGUGUGUGAUGCCACCUACGACAAGGCCCCAGUGGAGAAGGGGGGGAUCCAGGUCGUGGACUGGCCCUUUGAUGAUGGCGCCCCGCCCCCCACCCAGAUAGUAGAUGACUGGCUGAACCUGCUGAAGACCAAGUUCCGAGACGAGCCUGGCUGCUGCAUCGCCGUGCACUGUGUGGCGGGGCUGGGCCGAGCUCCAGUCCUGGUGGCCUUAGCUCUGAUUGAGACAGGGAUGAAGUAUGAGGAUGCGGUGCAGUUCAUACGACAGAAGAGACGUGGAGCUUUCAACUCCAAACAGCUACUUUACCUGGAGAAAUACAGACCCAAGAUGCGUCUGCGGUUCAAGGAUGCCAACGGCCACAACUGCUGCAUCCAAUAGUGUGUGUGUGUGUGUGCAGCCUCUCCAUCAAACAACAUUAUUCCAACGAAGGGGAGAUAAAACAACGAGAGAAAGCUAUCAGUAAUUAUUGUGAUUUGAUAACACUGAGACAUGGCUAAUUGAUCACAAAAUUGAUGAAAUAAUGAGCGAAUGAUUCCAUUUGAAUUAAUGCAAAUCUAGAGGUCUGAACGAAUGAAGGAGAAGGUCAAAGCACACAGAUGCCUCCAAGUUGUCCAAUCAUGGGCCUAGCAUUUCUUCGAGUCAUCCACAUUUUUAUUUUCAGUGUUGAAUCAUGGAUAGCGGUUCCUCUUUUUUACACACAUGUACAUGAAAGUUUAACUGGUGAUAAAAAUAUAUCAACAAAAAUGUUAUCGAUAUUGA